GGAAUAGUUUCAGCGCGUGAACGCUAGGCGACAGAGAAUCUUUGACAACCUCGAAAUAUGAGUUACAGGUACCCUUCGCUACCUGCUGUUAUUUUCGGGGGUAAUUUUUUUCCUGUAAUUUUACCGGCAGAGCGCUCGAUCGUCCGUCAAAGUCCGUCACGUGACGUUUUUCGAUAUCACCUUGGCUCAAAAUAUCACCAAAAUUUCUUGUCGUUUAAUCUUAAGAUAAGCACCUUGAUAAUGGCAAACUACAUUGCCAAAAAAUUAAUUGGUUUUAAGCAUGUCUUUUCUUUGUUACAUCCACACAUUCUGGCAUCGUUACAAGUCUGCAAUUAUGCUGAUACUGUACGUGCAGUUUGUGACAAUGGUCCGAUCAGCGUUUUAAAAGAAAAAGUAUCUAAAGGUGAAUUGAUGACUGACGAGCAUCAAGUCAAAAUAACUACGGAGUUACAAAGGGUAUACAAUGACUUGUGUGGUUACGAACCAGAAAAGCCAAAUUUUCUCAACAAAUGGAUAGGAAAAAGCAAGAAAAAGAGAAAAGUACCGCAAGGGCUCUACCUUUAUGGAGCGGUUGGUGGAGGUAAAACAAUGUUGAUGGACCUUUUCUAUAAUUGCUGUCAGAUUUCAUAUAAGAGGCGAGUUCACUUCAACUCCUUUAUGCUAGACGUACACAGUAAAAUUCAUGAGGUAAAAAAGACGAUUGUGAGAAACAACAGCGAUAAACUGCAACCAUUUGAUCCAAUCCCUCCAGUUGCUUCAGCCAUCACUGCGGAAGCUUGGUUGCUUUGUUUUGAUGAAUUUCAGGUAACCGAUGUUGCUGAUGCCAUGAUUUUAAAACGACUCUUCACUGAACUAUUUGAUCUCGGUGUAAUUGUAGUGGCUACUAGUAACAGGGCUCCAGAUGAUUUAUACAAGAAUGGUUUACAAAGAGGAAAUUUCCUUCCAUUCAUUCAAGUCCUGAAGGAUCGCUGUGUCGUUACUUCAUUAGACUCUGGGAUUGAUUAUAGACUGAAAGGAAAUUCAGGUCAACAUAGGAGUUACUUUAUAAAAGGCCAAGACCCAGAUGAUGCCGUGGAUAAGAUAUUUAAAUACUUAUGUUCAAUGGAGAAUGAUGUACCAAGAUCACGAAUUAUAUCAAUUAAAGGGCGGAAUGUCACGUUUGAGAAAACUUGCGGGCGAGUUAUCGAUACAACAUUUAAAGAAUUAUGUGACAGGCCUCUUGGAGCUAGUGAUUAUUUGGAACUAUCUCAAAUUUUUCAUACUGUUAUUAUAAGAGAUAUUCCACAAUUAAAUCUUAAGCUCAAGUCACAAGCUAGACGAUUCAUCACCCUUAUAGAUACACUUUACGAUAACAGGGUUCGGUUGGUGAUUUCUGCUGAUGCACCGCAUACAGAAUUAUUUGUUGCUGAAGGUGAUUCUGAGUAUACAGAUGAAAAACGAAUGUUAAUGGAUGAUUUAAAAAUUUCCCAUGGAUCUGACAAUCAUAAGUCGAAUAUUUUCACUGGAGAGGAAGAAUUAUUCGCUUUUGACAGAACAAUCUCCAGGCUUUCAGAAAUGCAGAUGAGAGAUUAUUGGGAGCAGUGGGAGCGGCACAGAUAAUGUUAAUGCCUGCUAGAAGGAAUCAUCGUCUGGCUAGGCACAAUUACAGAGUAGAAUCAAGUCAUGUCAGCUAGUACAAACAUUAUUGCUACCUUAUGUAACUUAUACCAAAUGUUUAUAAUAAUUUAUUUAAUUAUUACAAACUUAUAAUAGAUUUUAGAAAUAUACAACAGUGAUCCUA